AUGUGGAACUCCAGAAAACGUUCACAGAGAAGCCAGCAGAAAGAGCAAUUAUCAAAAUCUCAGGCCAACAUUCUUCUGCAAGCUUUUGGAAGGAAUCGAUUCCCUGGGAUUUCUGUCAAAGAAGACCUGGCUAGAAGAACAGGUCUGCCAGAGGGAAGAAUCCAGAUCUGGUUCCAGAACAGAAGAGCUCGACACCCAGAGCAGAACACAGAGACACCAGCACAUUCCCUGACAAGAAGCCCAGAAGAGCUGGCUCCUCUGGAUGUUCAACCACGACAACGCAAGCUUUGCCUGGUCCCAGGAGGUGUUCAGGAUGAUAAUAAAAAGACUCUUGCAGCAGCAUUUUACCACCAAGACCUCCCUCAACCUCUGCUUGAAACCAAAAAGCAGCAAAUGCAGAAUCAUGCUCAACAGGAGGAACCUCACUUCAGGCAAUGGGAGAACGCAGAGCCUGAGCACAUGCUGGCUCAGAACCAUGUGGAGCCUGUGCAUCCCCAGACAGAGCUGCAGGAUCUGCAGUCGCCCCAGAGGGGAACCCCAGAGCCCCCGAAAACAGUGCCCAGCGGAAGACGAAGCACUGUACUCACCUCUCCUCCACUUGCUCUUCACCGCUUUCUCCGCGGCACCGACCGCACACCGCUUAAACGGCUGCACGUGCUGGACGCCAACUGCGUCAGGAGCGUCUGCUCCAACAACAAAUAG